UGCCUAGAAGCCACGUUCACAAUGACAUGGAUCCUGGGCUGGACAGUGUCCUUGCUCACCUUCAUCAAGGCCCAACUCGUGAUUCUACUCCUUCGUGUUCUUUCUGCAGGCCCUAUCCCACGUCAUGUGGCCUUCGAAAUGGACGGUAACCGCCGCUUUGCACGUCUCACCGGCCGUCGCGCAGUCGAGGGUCAUUCAGACGGGUUCCAUACACUCAAGCGGAUAUUAGAGAUAUGCAUGCGUCUUGACAUACGCUGUGUCACAGUCUAUGCCUUUGCGAUCGAAAACUUUAAUAGACCACCCGACGAGGUCGGCGCGCUCAUGAAACUAGCAGAAGAGAGGCUCGUAGAAAUUGCACAGAAUGGUGCUCUCUUAAGCCAGUAUGGUGUACGCCUCAACGUACUUGGCCAUCGCGAGUUGCUACCUAUGCAUGUGCAAGUCGCAAUUGAUAAAGCGGAGGGAAUGACGCGUCAGAAUAAUAGAGCAAUAUUAAAUGUCUGCGCACCAUAUGCCUCGCGGCAUGAGAUAACGUUAGCGGUACAAUCCGUCGUGCAGCAGGCCCUUGAUAAAGAGAACUUUGAUUCUUCAUUGAUCACAGAACAAACUAUCGAGGAAAACCUCAUGACUUCGCUUGGGGGCAGCCCGCCGCUCGACAUUUUCAUUCGCACGAGUGGCGUGAAGCGAUUGAGUGGUUUUCUGCAGUGGCAGUGCUGCGAAAACACGCAGAUUCAUAUGGUAAAUACCUAUUGGCCCGACUUCGACCUCUGGGAUUUUGUGCCCAUUUUACUAGAUUACCAGCGGAAGGUGUGGGCACGAUCGAGUAGUUGAAGGUUUAAUAGGUGCGAGGCUUAUCAGAAUUCCUACUAGGUGCUUGCCAGUGUAGUGGGCAUUGUAGUACCAGAUAUUCUUAUUUUACCGUGUCAUUAACUAACAUCGCUUGGUCAAAUUCCUUGUUGUUUUCUACCUUCGUGAGCUCCUUUGUUG